AUGACCUCGGACAAGGGCGCGCCGUGGCGGGCGGCAGGGCUCAAGUGGGAUCCGCUCAAAUCGCUCAUUGUGCCGCGGCCGAUUGGAUGGAUCACGACGUUGAGCAGCGGUGAUGGUGGCGCGAACACGGCACCGUACUCGUUCUUCAACGCGGUCUCAUCGACGCCACCGAUGGUUAUGUUUGCCUGCAAUGGCGUGCAUGCGGAUGGCGGGCUGAAAGAGUCGGUCAUCAAUGCGCUGGAGACCGGCGAGUUUGUUGUCAACGUGGCUUCGGCUGGCGUCAUCGAUGCUGUGGCCAAGACUGGCUAUGCUGUCGAUCGCGGUGUCGACGAGGGCUCGCACCCGCUGCUGGCCAACUCGGCCAUGCUUGCAUCGACGGUGGUUGGCCCGCCGCGGCUGGCGCUGGCCAAGGCGCAUCUCGAGUGCACCACGGUCGAGUCGAUCGAACUCCCGCACGACAACGGCGAGGCGCGCAACGUGGUUGUCUUUGGCCGCGUCGUCGCGUACCACCUCUGCACCUCGAUCCUCACCGACGCCGGCGACAGCGUCGACGUCCUGCGGCUCAAUCCGCUCUCACGGCUUGGUGGCUCCGAGUACGGCACGCUCGGCGCGCGCGAGGCGGUCAUCAGCCACAAGUACGGUGAGGCCGAGCUGAUGGAGCAGGCGCCCGAGCUGUUCACCCAGCUCGCGGCGCGGCGGCAGCGGGCGAGAGCAAGGCGCAAGUGAAAGCAGGAGGCAGGGGCUGGAUGACAAUGUUUACCUUUACCCGCUCUUGUUGUUCUGGACGACGUCGACCAUGGCGCGGGUGGCCUUGGCCCAGACGGAGAGCUUCUCGCGGAGGAGCUCCCAGUGCGAGUGCUCAAAGACGCGCUGUGUAGCGCGGGAGAUGUGGAUGACCUUGGAAGCCUGGUCCAUACGGACGCGGGCAAGCUUGGCCUUUGAGAUCUUGAUGCACCAGCGCUCGACGUCCUCGGGCGCGACGUCAAGGGUGGCCGAAACGAGCGAGUAAGGGAUGAUCUCGGUGUUGGCGGCGAGCGAGGUGAGCGAGAGCAGGCGCAUCUUCUCGACGUUGCGCUCGUGCGAGAGGCCGAGCAUGUUGUCGACGACGUCCUUGGCCUCGGCCGACGAGUCGUACAGUGCGGUGUAGUCGGUGACAAAGCCGUUGACAAAGACGGAGAGCAGCUGGUGGACGAGGACGUACUGCGGGUUGGCGUGGGUGGCAAAGGCGGCGACGGCCUUGAGCUCGAGAAGGUGAUCAAACUGGAAGACGUUGUUCAUGUCGAGCGCCUCCGAGACCACCUGCAGAACCACCGACUCGACUUCGGUCACCGACGACGCAUCGUCGUUGUCGUACGUGUCCAGGAGCAUGAAGCGGAGUUCGGCGGCGUCGGCACGCGCACCGACCGACGACAGCGCCUUGGCCGCAAGCUGCAGACCCG